AUGGUGUCCAUGAAAGCAAUAGGUAUCAAGAACGGCAAAGGGCCGGCAGAGGCUAUGUUCAUGGACACAAUCAACCGCCCUGUUCCAACUGGUAACCAGGCCCUAGUGAAAAUAAAGGCAUUCGGACUUAACCGAAUGGACUUGCUACAGAGGGAAGGCAGAUAUCCACUUCCACCACAAGCUCCCAGCACAAUGGGAGUGGAGUUCUCUGGGGUCAUUGAGGAGCUUGCAGAUUCACAAAGUGAUUUCAAAGUUGGCGAUGAGGUUUUCGGUCUCGCAUAUGGAGGUGCUUAUGCAGAGUAUAUAUCCGUUUCUACACAGAUGCUGGUCCACAAGCCAUCUGAAAUUCCGUGGGAGGAGGCUGCGGGAAUACCAGAGACAUGGAUCACUGCUACACAAGCAUUGAGCUUGAUUGGAGAAUUCAAAUCCGGCCAAUCAGUUCUAUGGCACGCCGGCGCUUCCUCCGUAUCCAUUUCUGGUAUUCAGCUGUCAAAGGCCCUCGGAGCCACAAAGAUAUUUGUCACGGCAGGGUCUAAGGAAAAGGUCGACUUUUGCGUGAAUGAGCUAGGUGCCACCGCGGGAUUCAACUACAAUACCCAGGAUUGGGCCAAAGGUGUAUUGGACGCUACCGAUGGCAAGGGUGUUGAUCUGAUCGUUGACUUCAUCGGAGCGAAUUAUUUUGCAUCAAACCUAGCUGCUGCUGCGCGAGAUGGUCGAAUCGUCGAGCUUGGCUUUAUGAGCGGUGUUGAACUACCUGCAGGUGUCAACAUCGGACCUAUCUUGUUCAAGCGACUAAGAAUUGAAGGUAGCACAUUGCGAAGUCGAGAUGAAGGGUAUCAGGAGAAACUCCGGAACCUUCUGGUCGAGAACGCGUUGCCAAAAUUCAAGGAUGGUACUUUCAAAGUCUUCAUCACCAAAGUAUUGCCAUUCGAUCAAAUUGUUGAGGCGCACAAAUUGCUGGAAAGCAAUCAGACAAAGGGAAAGGUCAUCUGUACAGUACCAUGA